AUGGAUGAUCCUGAGUUUAGUACAGGUAUGAAAUUCAGAAGUUUUGAUCAAUUUAAGGAAGCAGUGAGAAAUUUUGGGAUUAAGCAUCGCUAUGUUAUGAAGUUUAGGCCUAAUGAUAAGAAAAGAUGCAAAGCCUAUUGCAAAAAAGGAUGUCCCUUCAAAAUAUGGGCAUCUAAAAUGAACAAGGACAAUCUGACAGUGCAAAUCAAAUCUGCAGUGUUGAAGCAUGAAUGCAGCAGGGAUCAUAACAUCAGGCAUGUUAAUCCCAAGUGGAUUGCGCAGAAGUACAUCGAGCAAUUCAGGGCUGAUCCAAAUUGGUGUUUAAGUGGAAUAAUUCAAGCAGUAAAGUCCAACCAGAAGGCUAGUAUUGGAAGAGUAUGUGCUCUUAGGGCUAAACACAUAGCUCUCCUCAAGCUAAAUGGUGAUGAAGCUGAACAAAUGAAGAUGUUGAAUGACUACAGGCUUGAACUUGUGAGGACACAUCCUAAUUCAACUGUGUUGUUCAAAAGGAGUUUAGGUGUUUUCAAGGGGAUGUAUGUGUGUUUAGCACCUCUCAGGGAUGGUUUCAUGGCUGGUUGUAGGAGGGUUAUAUCAAUAGACGGAUGCUGGCUUAAAGGGCUGUAUGGAGGUCAGUUACUAGCUGCUGUAGGAAUUGAUGCGAAUGAUUGCACGUACCCGGUUGCUUGGUGUGUAGUGGACAGUGAGACAAAGGAAAAUUGGAUGUGGUUCCUCUCCCUAUUGGCUGAUGAUUUACCAAUCAACAAUAGCUAUGGCUGGUGCUUUAUGAGCGACAGACAGAAGGGACUUAUACCUGCUAUUGAGACCUUGUUUCCCCAUGCUGAGCAUAGGUUCUGUGUUAGGCACAUCUUAUGCAAUUUUAGGAAAAGUUAUAAGGGAAAGGCCCUUAAGGACCUUCUGUGGGCAUGUGCUAGAGCUCCUUAUAGUCAGGGUUUUGAUAAAUGUAUGGAGGCUGUUGGAGAUAUCUCCAAAGGUGCCAAGGCCUAUCUAAAGAGGAUCACACAAGGGAAGUGGACUAGGUCAACAUUCGAUACCCGGUUCAAGUGUGAUAUGUUGUUAAACAACUUAUGUGAGAGUUUUAAUCAUGUCAUUUUGGAAGCUAAGACUAAAGGGAUUAUCAUAAUGAAUGAAAUGAUUAGAACUAAACUAAUGGUCAGAAUUCAGAAGAAGAGGGAUGCCAUGCGUAGGUUAGAUAGUGUAUUUUGCCCUAAGCCACUGAAAAAGCUAGAAAGAGGAAGGCAGAUGAGUUGGUUUUACAAGGCUGUCUGGUCAGGAGGGAAAACAUAUCAAGUAUUUGGGUUUGAUGGACAGUUUGUGGUUGAUAAAGGGGAGUUUACCUGUUCAUGUAGGAGGUGGCAGCUGACAGGCAUACCCUGUCAUCAUGCAAUUGCUGCAAUGAAUGAAAAUAAUGAGGACCCUCAAAAGUUUAUGGAUGACUGCUAUAGGAUUUCUACUUAUCUGGAUACCUAUUCACAUCUGCUCAAUCCAACAAAUGGCAAAGAACUAUGGCCUAAAAGUAAUGAUCCACCAGUUAUACCCCCCCCCCACCAGUCAAUUUCAGAAGGGGCAGAAAACAGUUGUUAA